GUGCAGAUCAGAGCCUCGGCAGUGGUGGAGGGGGCAGAGCUGAGCUGUGGGCUGAGCCACUCCGCGUCGGCCUCACAUAAAAUCAUGCAAGCCGUCAAUUAAGCUAGCUCGCAAACUUUUAUUGGGAUAAAUACAUCAUUAACUCGGAUCUACCCGACGGUCAGCGUGUAUUGGAUUGGACCAGAAGAGCAUGUCACCAGUAGGGGAAAAAGAAAACACUGCCCUGAGGCAGUGUGUUCAGGCCCGGACCCAGCUGGAGGAGGCCAUUGCUGGGGUGAUGAAGGCUGAGGCACAGCUCAGGGGUAACUCAAGAGAGGUGAAGUCCCAGCUACACAGCUGUAUCAGUAGACAUCUGGAGACCCUGCGUUCUCGGGAGGUCUGGCUGCUGGAGCAGAUAGAUCUGGUGGAACAGCUGAAAGAAGAGGCUCUACAGCAACAGCUACAGCAGCUCCACUGGCUCCGUGGCCAGUUUGACAUUCUCAUUCAUCAGCUGGAGAAUUCCAACAGCAACGACCUUGCCAACCAGUUAACUAGCUGCUUGGAGAAGUUUUCUGGUCUGAAUCUGUCUCCCGAAGAAACACCAGAGAUGAGUUUCGAAGCAGAUGCUCGCUCUCUGCGCCAGGCUAUCACAUCUUUUGGGACCAUUUCCACCCAGCAGGUGGUUAAGACUCCUUCUCCCAGUCUGACCAAUCAAAGCUCAAUCUCUGCCGAGAGACACUGGCUCUUACAGGCCUGCCCCGUCACUACCAAGAGACAGAAGCUGGACUCAGAAUGGGGAGCGCCUCUUGCCGAGUGGCUUCUUGACAGCCGUCCUGUUAACAAUACUCCGUUUGGAUACCAGUCCAGUAAGAACCCUCAGGAUUGGCUGAUGGCUCCCAAGGAGAAACCCCAGGUGUACUGUCCACUUGUCCCGUUUGACUUCCAGAAAGCCUGGGGUCAACUCAAGGAUCUAGAAUUGUGGCUCUUAAAGGAGAAGUCACCCCUACGGGAGCGCACCAUUAGCAAUGCUAGUAGCAGUAGCUCUGCCUUCUCCAUUGAGAAGAUUGAUGAGAGUGAGUUCCUGGAUGUGGAGGAAGAGGAGGGACGCCAGAUGGAGAACGAUGAGGAGGUUGCUGACACAGAGAUACUCAGUGACUGGCUCAUCACUCCAAACACCAGCAAGUUGACUGUGACCAACCCUGUGUCGGAUGCAGACCGGUGGAAGCAGGUUUUCAAACCUUUCCAUGAAAGCUUCUCCCCCAGUGAGUGGCUCCGCAAGUCGGACUGCAGCUCCUGUUGCAGCUCACGUGUCAAGGCUGUGGAGAUUGAGAACCUGGGUAAGCUCAAGUGCCUGAAGACUCCCUCAGCUUCAGCUGCCAGCACUCCAGCUGCCUCUCCUGUCACCUCUGCUCCCAUUGAAAUGUGGCUUCAGCAGACCAUUCCUUUGGAGACCACAUGCAAAGCCAACGAAACCUGUGCCAGCUUUGCUCAGUGCGUGUGUGAUGAUAACUGUGGGAAAGAGGCCUUGAGUGCCUGGCUGCUCAAGAAAGAAGGCAGAGAUAAGAACGGUGUGCCUGUGGACAAGAAUAUUGCCAGCAAAUCGGCCAUCUUCCAGCAGCAUGAACAGCAGCAGAAGGUGCAGGCUAUUCUGGAGGCCUGGCUUCAUCCUAGUAAAAGCACCAGCAACCCGGCCUUAUCCUCCCUCUCGGCUUGGGUGUCGCCCGGUACUUCCAGAGGUGAGGAGAAGAGCUUCAACUUCAAAUACACACUCGGAGAGACCGAUAGCCCCUUCCACAAACCUCUGCAGCCAGAGACAUGGGUCCUGACAGAGAAAACAAACAGCAGCAGCACAGAGACGUCCAAGCCAAACACCCCAGAGCCAUCCAGCACAGAGUCUGAGGAGGACAAGUGGCUGCUACGCAAGCGAGCCAAUGCACAGGACAGACUUGGUCUUCCCACAGUAUGUGAUUUAUUUUCCUGUCUUAAACUCGAUGCGGACAAGGAAAAGUGGCUACAUACAGUACCUAUAAAGAUAUGAAGACUGCAUUAGUUUCUCUAAUCCUUUGGUGGACCCACUGAAUUGCUGAUCGCACACCAUCUUCAAUUGCCUUACUUUUCACGUCUGUAUGGUCAGGGUCUCUCUCUAAUCUUUCACUGUUUAGAUUGUUUAAGAAGUACUUGUUCUUUAAGAAGCUUUUGGGGCAACUAUCCCUUAACACAUUGAUGACAAAUUGAGCUGUACUCGGGAAUCGCUAACUUUAAGAAAAAAGGAGUGCCAAACACGUGGAACAAGUUUUUGAUCUAAAUGUCAUGACUAAUGAAAUGGACCAGAUUGGUGCACAUGUAUAGAAUCAAAUAUAUUUUAUCUUUGAAUGUUUAUUUAAAUCCUGCACGUUUUAGGAUGCUCGUUUUUAUUCAAUGAAUUCCUAUACACCCAGACGAGGACAGAUUCUUCAGCAGAGAGUGCGUUCCCAUUGGCCCAGCACAAUACCCUUUUUCUAACCUCCAUUCUCCUCUUAAAAAAAUGCAUUUAAAAAUGUCAUGUUAUUUCAAGUGUAUUUUAUUUCUUCUUUAUUUCUAGCUUUAAAGGCAGUGUUACUUCCAGUGGGAUAUGAUACAGAAUUGUUAAAGAAGCAUAACUUUUCCUCACAUAUAGAAUGCCGAACAUGCAGGUGUCAUCUAAAGUAGCCAAAACUGGCAUGAUUCAGCAUGUCUCUUUGUGAAAUAGGUAAACAAAUAGAACAAUAUUUUGCACAAUUUUUUAUUUAACCGCUUCAUAACCAUGUGCGUGAAGUGUGCCACAGUGUAUUAGGCUUAAUCUGAACAUGCAUUCGUUUUGGAUGGAGAGAUGGAGAGACCCAUUCUAUCCUGUUGUGGAUGCUUAGACUGAGACUAAGCUAUUCCUCAGUACUGCCUGAAUGCAACGUGGCAAAUAUUAAUCACAAAAUAUCUUUAUCAAAUAUAAGUCUCCAAAAAUAACCACUUGUUUCCAUUUCUGCUUUGCCAGUGUAGCUGGAUCUCAAAUGCUGUGUUGCACUAGAGAGCAUGGGCUUAACAGGAGGUACAGCAGCUUUGUGGUCUUUAAAGUUGCUUUUACAACAAACCUUGAUUUGCUUCUUAUGAUUAAGAAACCUUAGAAAAACCUCCUUCGUAUCUAACACUUGCUUUUGGGCCUGUGCCAAGCCCCUCAUUGAAGGACCAAGGGUUCUGUGCAAUACAUAGAGAAACUAUAUAUUAACUUGAUACCACUUCAUAUGAAUAGAGAGCUACUCAAAAUGGUCCUCAGCUUUUCCAACUUCACUUCUUAAGCCCAUACUCUCUCAAGUGCAGCACUAUUUUAAAAAAUUGUAUAUGAAAUAACCCACAAACAUAAGCUAUUUGGAAUAUGACUGCUUACAUGCGUUCUGUCCUCUGCUGUGAUCCCUGUACCAUAUUUAACUCUUAAUAAAUAAAGUGUUAAAAGUA